CCUACGAAGUAGAAGAGACCGAGAAUCGUUCCCUCCCCGCUUCUCGCAGUCCCAGGAACCCAGCAGAAGUGGUUUUUUGUUUUUUUAAUGAGCCCGGUAAACCAUAUAAGUUGUCAACAUGGGACGGAGAUCUACAUCAUCCACCAAGAGUGGAAAAUUUAUGAACCCCACAGACCAAGCCCGAAAAGAAGCCCGGAAGAGAGAAUUAAAGAAGAACAAAAAACAGCGCAUGAUGGUACGAGCUGCAGUUUUGAAGAUGAAGGAUCCCAAACAGAUUAUCCGGGACAUGGAGAAAUUGGAUGAAAUGGAGUUUAACCCAGUGCAGCAACCACAGUUAAAUGAGAAGGUGCUGAAAGACAAGCGUAAAAAGCUGCGUGAAACCUUUGAACGUAUUCUACGACUCUAUGAAAAAGAGAAUCCAGACAUUUACAAAGAAUUGAGAAAGCUAGAAGUGGAAUAUGAACAGAAGAGGGCUCAACUUAGCCAAUAUUUUGAUGCUGUCAAGAAUGCUCAGCAUGUGGAAGUGGAGAGUAUUCCCUUGCCAGAUAUGCCACAUGCUCCUUCCAACAUCUUGAUCCAGGACAUUCCACUUCCUGGUGCCCAGCCACCCUCCAUCCUAAAAAAGACCUCAGCCUAUGGACCUCCGACACGGGCAGUUUCUAUACUUCCUCUUCUUGGACAUGGUGUGCCACGUUUGCCCCCUGGUAGAAAACCUCCUGGUCCUCCCCCUGGUCCACCACCUCCUCAAGUCUUGCAAAUGUAUGGCCGUAAAGUGGGCUUUGCCCUAGAUCUUCCCCCUCGCAGGCGGGAUGAAGAUAUGUUAUAUAGCCCAGAACUUGCUCAACGGGGUCAUGAUGAUGAUGUUUCCAGCACCAGUGAAGAUGACGGAUAUCCUGAGGACAUGGAUCAAGAUAAGCAUGAUGACAGUACUGAUGACAGUGACACUGACAGGUCAGAUGGAGAAAGUGAAGGGGAUGAAUUUGUGCACCGUGAUGAUAACGAGAGAGACAACAAUGAAGAAAAGAAGUCAGGUCUGAGUGUAAGAUUUGCAGAUAUGCCUGGAAAAUCAAGGAAGAAAAAGAAGAACAUGAAGGAGCUGACUCCUCUUCAAGCCAUGAUGCUUCGAAUGGCAGGUCAGGAAAUCCCUGAGGAAGGACGAGAAGUAGAAGAAUUUUCAGAGGAUGAUGACGAAGAUGAUUCUGAUGAUUCUGAAGCAGAAAAACAAUCACAGAAACAGCAUAAAGAGGAAUCUCUUUCUGACGGCACAUCUACUACUUCCUCACAGCAGCAAGCUCCCCCACAGUCUGUUCCUCCUUCUCAGAUACAAGCACCUCCCAUGCCAGGACCACCUCCUCUUGGACCACCACCUGCUCCACCUUUACGGCCACCUGGACCACCUACUGGCCUUCCUCCUGGACCACCUCCAGGAGCUCCUCCAUUCCUGAGGCCCCCUGGAAUGCCAGGACUCCGGGGGCCUUUACCCCGACUUUUGCCUCCAGGCCCACCACCAGGCCGACCCCCUGGCCCUCCCCCGGGUCCACCUCCAGGUCUGCCUCCUGGCCCUCCUCCUCGGGGACCCCCACCAAGGCUACCUCCCCCUGCACCUCCAGGCAUCCCUCCACCUCGUCCUGGCAUGAUGCGCCCACCUUUGGUGCCUCCACUUGGACCUGCCCCACCUGGGCUUUUCCCACCAGCUCCCUUGCCCAACCCGGGGGUUUUAAGUGCUCCACCCAACUUGAUUCAGCGACCCAAGGCGGAUGAUACAAGCGCAGCCACCAUUGAGAAGAAAGCCACAGCAACCAUCAGUGCCAAGCCACAGAUCACUAAUCCCAAGGCAGAGAUUACUCGAUUCGUGCCCACGGCAUUAAGGGUACGUCGGGAGAAUAAAGGGGCUGCUGCUGCUCCCCAAAGAAAGUCAGAGGAUGAUUCUGCUGUGCCUCUUGCCAAAGCAGCUCCCAAAUCUGGUCCAUCUGUUCCUGUCUCCGUUCAGACCAAGGAUGAUGUUUAUGAAGCUUUCAUGAAAGAGAUGGAAGGGCUACUGUGACAGCUCUUAAUGCCAGAGCGUUUCUGUUCAUACCAGAGGUUGGUGGGGAAAGAGGCUCUUACUAAACUUAGUGAAAGAGCGACUUUCACUGUCAGGGUAUUUUUAAAUUUCAGUUCAAGGAAUAUCCUAAAGUUUAGCCUUGUUCAGAAUUUAUUGCAUAUAAGAGAGGAUUAUUUCAUUCAGAAUAAAUUGGUUAUUGAAGCAGUGCUGCUAACAUCCAUUCCCUUUCAUACCACCGUUUUCAUCCGGUUUGUUCCCCUUCUCCAAUUUUUUGGAAACUUGUGAUCGAGGGGAUCUUGUUACUUAUUUGUUUUGAUUCUCUUCUUGUGUGCAGUGGGCACUGGAGUAGAGAUUUCUGAAAAAAAAAAAAAGUUUAUUUUACCCCAUCUUGCCUUUUGUGUUUGAGUUAUUUUAAUAUUUUCUUGUAAAUAUUUUGUAAUAUUUUAGUGAAAUGGAUCGCAAUGUCAUUUCCUAAUACAAAGCAAGAUAUGUGGGAAGAAAAUGUACAAUUCUUUGAUUAAAAUUAUUUCCCACUGA